AUGAUAAAGUCAGUUAUUUCUAAUAAAGAAAACUAAUUUCAUCGAAUACAUUAGUAAAGAAUGGCAAGAAAAAUAGUAUAGAAUUAAAAUUAUGUUCAGAUUAACAAAAUUGGAAAAUCAACACUUAAUCAAUCACCAAUGAGAAAACGAGUUGAAAAUACAGCUUAAUAAAAUUUAGAAGCUUUAAGUUCUUAUUAAACUAUAUGCGAUAAUUAAUAAAGAAUUGAUUUAUGUAACAAUUUAGUUAAUCAAAGUAAAGCAACCGAAAAGUAAAAUUGAUUUUACUUAAUAAGAGAUAGUUGGUUGGGCUGAUGAAAAUCAAGCUUUUGAGAAACAAAAGAAAAUUACAACUGAUUAAAGUGUUCAAACGAGUAUUAGUUAAGAAAAAGCAAGAAAAUCCUUUUCAUAAUAAACAUAGAGAAUAAAAACUAUUCCUAGAAUGAUAGAAAUACGAUAAAAAACUUCAAAAACCCCCUUAAGAACUACAAAAAUUACUAGUCCUCUAAUUGAAUAUCCAACUAUGUAAAAGUUUAAAUUGUUUUUUGAUAAAAAUAUAAAUAAACAAGGUAUACCUCAAUUGAUUAUAUGUGAUCGAUCUAUGAAUGCUGUUGAUGGUUUAAAUUGCAUUAGUUUUAAUAAUGUUACUACAAAACAGAUACCUCAUAGAAGAAAUCAAAGUUUGUGUAUAGGGAAUAAAACUAAUAAAGUAGAUAUCAUUAAAGAUAUUACUCAUAAUCUAUGA